CUUCCGCCAAAGAUAUACACCUAUGUAACCUCCGUUUCCACGUCCUUUGUUGUGGUGUUGUUUUACAGUUUGAACAUAUCUUCGCUCAUCUCCUGUAUUUUUUUAGAAAGAAAGCACUAUGAAUAUGCAGAACAAUUUUCAUGUAAAUGUAUAUAUUUGGAGGAGACGAGUCAGGAGUGAUCGAGGAGAGGAAACGAAUUCCGACUAAUGGCAUGGACCCCAGCACAACACAGCAGUUGUAAAUUUAUGCAAAAAUACUAAUAGGAACAGGAUUUACUUUUACUUUGAAUUAUUGCAAAGAGAAAUUAUUCCGGAUAGUUACAAGGUCGGGAGACAAUCGCAGUUAUGGAGACAGAUGGGGACCAGAAUAAGCAGAACUCCACCAAUGGUAGUGCCCCAUCAGGGACAAACUCCCGCCCCUCUCAGAUGAACUCGAUGUCCCUGUAUGAGAGACAAGCUGUGCAGGCCCUGCAGGCAUUGCAGAGACAGCCGAACGCUGCCCAGUACUUCCAGCAGCUCAUGCUGCACCAGCAGAUCAACAGUGCCCAGCUCCAGAACCUGGCUGCUGUACAGCAGGCCACUCUUGCUGCCAGUCGCCAGUCUAGCCCCUCGGGUAACAGCCAAUCCCAGAGCACCAGCACAACUGUAACUUCUGUGAAUGUAACCACAUCUGGGGGUGGGGUCACAAAUAGCACCCGUGCUAUUGGUCAAGGCUCCUCUGCAACAUCCACCAUCAGCCAAUCGGUAUUGCUGAGUGGGAGUGCCGGAGGACAGGGACAGAUGUAUCUGAGAGUGAACAGGUCUCUGAGGGCCCCAAUAUCCUCCCAGCUCAUCUUCAUGCCUGGUAAUACAGCAACAGCUGCCAUGGCGACAGUAACUCAACAACCACAAGCUCAGCAACAACAACAACAGGAAGUGACACCCACUUCUUCCUCCAGCAACCAGUUAGAUAGUGACCAGGUGCAGAACCUGGCCCUGCGUGGUGCUAGGGGGAUUGGGGUGAAGACUGAAGCCCCAGAGAGAGGGGACUCAGCCACCUACUCCCUCUUCCAAUCUUCUCAGUCUUCCACUAAGCCCACCCAGCCACAGCUGCCCCACAUCAAGAUCCCAACAUACCCCCAGAGCUCCAGCACCAGCCUCAAAUCUGGCAACCCAUCCUCCUCCUCAGGCUCCUCCAUCCCCCUCUCCCAGCUCCUCCUGCAUGGUCCUAGCUUCGCUUCAGGACGUGCACUUACAACGGUAACCUCCACUGCCACGGCAACCCACAUCUUGGUGCCCACUUCCAGCGCCACUAACCAAUCACACGGUUACCCGGUUGGUGCUGCCACCAUCAAGCCCAGCGUUGCUGCUCAGACUCUGGUGGUUCAGCCUCUUCAGAAGAGCUCUGUCAACGCUGGAGACAAAACAGGAGGACACGGGAAUGGACCAAUCCCAAUCCAGCCCAAAACUUUACAAGGGCUCCGCCUUCCUCUCCCGCUCCCUUCAAGGAACCCUCCUCCUAUCUUGCCUGCACCCCCCUCCAUCAACCAGACAAGCAGCACCCAACCACCUCCUCAUAUUCCCGUCCAGAUAGUUGGGGCCAGGCAGAGCAGCUUAGGAAACUCCCAGGCUUUGGCCCUGGCGCAGGCCCGGAGCUCCAGCUCCCAGGACGGGGCUGUGCUCAGCAGCUCCAGCAGCCUUCUAACCAUGGUGGCCUCCCUAGCCUCCAGAGAGGGAGGGGUCAUGGGCCGAGGGGCAGGGCUAAAGAACCUUCAAACACCCCAGGAAGCCCCCCCAUUGGCUCACGUCUCCCACGUGCACCCACAAGCCAAACAGAGCCCAGGACCAAAUACCAAUCAGAACUGCACCUCAGCCACAGCUACCAUCUCCUCACAGUCCCCUUCCUCCGUCUCCACUCCUCCUUCCAUCUCUCGCUCCUCCCUGUCCCUGGCAAGGGAGGAGUCAAGGAGUGUGUCCACCGUUGUGCCCACCAAUGGAGAUGCAGCAAGCAGUCAGAACCCCCUGGGAAAGACGGCGAUUGGCUCGCUGAAGAGGAAGUCCGAACCAGAUGCAGCUAUUGAGGAAGAUGGCCCCUCCCCUCCACAGCUUCAGCCAGUGAGGGAACAGUCCCCUACACCCCUCUCCUCUGCUGUUGAAGCAGGCCCGGGCCCUCUUCCUCCAUCCCCCUCUCCAUCUCCAGCCCAGUCUGUGUCUCGUCUGGGGGGAGGACCGGGGGAGAGGGCCCCCCCUCCCCAGGCUGUAGUCAAACCUCACGUCCUCACACAUCUCAUUGAGGGCUUCGUCAUCCAGGAAGGAGCUGAACCCUUCCCAGUUUGUGGGCCACUGAAGGAGCCCUCUGGUGAGGAUUUAGCGAAUGACAAUCCAGAUGCAAGCCAAUCAGAGACUGUUACUCCUGCAACAGUGCUGAAGUGUGAGUACUGUAAGAGCUUUGCUCCUGCCAGCCAGUUCAGAGGCACCAAGAGGUUCUGCUCCAUGACCUGCGCCAAGAGGUACAACGUGAGCUGCAGCCAGCAUUUCCGCAUGCGCCAAGGGCAUCACCACGGCAACCAGGGCCAUCACCAGGGCAACUCGCUGUCGCUGGGUCACCUGAGCCAAUCGGACGAGGACGGGGUCACGAGGAGGCGGGUGCCCCGGAGGACCAGCUCAGAGAUCGCAAGCGCCAAGAUCGCCGGGAGACCCAUACCUGUCAAGUGUCGUUCCGAGUCCAGUCGCUCAGACGAGGCGUCGAGUGGAGAAGACGAGGAGGAUGACCCCAUGUCCCUCUCGCCCGCCUCCUCCGCUUCCUGUCAUCAGCCCCCCUCUGGGCUUCCGUUGGAGGGCUCCGGACCCAGUUUCCUGCCCGGCAAUCCAGCCCAGUGGAGUGUGGAGGAAGUGGCACAAUUCAUAUCAUCUCUACAAGGUUGUGAAGAGCUUGCUGCCCAGUUCCUGUCCCAGGAGAUUGACGGACAGGCCCUGCUUUUACUUCGAGAGGAGCAUCUCAUGUCUACCAUGAACAUCAAGCUAGGUCCCGCCCUCAAGAUCUGUGCCCACAUCAACACCCUGAGAGACUGACUUAACAAAUCUGGCAUGUCCAAUCCCAAUUUGGCUCCCCGGCCACAAAAAAGGUGAAAGCUUUACAUUGCGCUCUGAUUGGCUGGGUGAAAUCUUGAUACCCACCAAGCAGAAAGGAAAAGAAGACCUCUCCAUAAAAGAGAGAUGGGAAAAGUGAAGAUGUAACCGUCUAAAGACCAGCUAGUGUUAGAUUCAAUAAUUCGUAUCUGUUUUGUUCCGUUUCAUUUUAUAUACUGCAAAAGACAGCAAGAAAGCAUAGUGAAAAAAGGAAAUCUUAAACAUGGUUUAAGUAUGAGUUAUUGUGUGAGUGAUUGUUUGAGUCCUGCGGUCAGUGUAAUGUUCUGCCUAUGCUAUUUAAACGCACCUUGUUUUACUGUACUGCCUGUACUUGGUUUACGCGUAGAGAAUUAUCAUGUUUUUAUCUCUUAGUGAACAUUGUGGCCUUUUAUCUAUUAUCUGUAGUUUUCAGCAAUGACCCAAUAAUAGUACUAGAAUUUUUUUUGUUUUGUUCUUUUGGAACCCAGUUUCAUAACCAUUCCUCGAAGCACUUCUGUGUGGUAAAGCCUUCUAGAGCAGUGUCUGCUAUUGUCUUUGCCAACCAUGAGUAGCAUAAACUGCUGCUAAUAGUCUUAGCAACUCGGACUGCGUUCUUCCUACUGUUCCUAGCUCUUCUGUCAGGAUUGCCUGUCAUGACGCAUUGUAGCAGUGACUGUAACUGUCAUCGAUAUUCUCUCCUAUAGGUACUCCUGCUAGUUUGUUUCUGUUCAAAGUUUUCAGGAGGUUAAUAAUAUAAUAAAAAAUUAAUUAAAAAAACAACAACUAUAGGACAAC